AUGGUCGGCGCAGUAACCACCCAACCCACCCUCCCCCGCCGCGCACGCAUCGCAAUAACACUCGGCGACCCCUCAGGAAUCGGGCCAGAACUGAUCGCAAAGCUACUCAGCAACCCAUCAAACCGACAACGAGCAGAUAUAGUGCUUCUCGCAGACAAAUCCGAGCUUGAAUCCGGCAUAUCCGAUGCCGGGGGCUUGGAUAUCGCUAUAUCCCCUGACGUCCCCGGGCCACAUGGGAUCCAAGUCCUCGACGACAACAGCGCCUCCCAGUUCCCAUCUGCACGAGGCCAAGUAUCAAAAGCCAGCGGGGGGAGGUGUAUGCACCAGCUCCGGCGGGCGUUGAAACUCGUACAGGUCGGUGAGAUUGACGGGAUUGUAUUCGCGCCCUUGAAUAAGAGUUCGUUGAAACAGGCCGGGAUGACCGAGGAGGAUGAACUGCGGUGGUUUGCGAAUCAGCUGCGGUUUGAGGGCGUGACGAGCGAGAUCAAUAUCGCCGGUGAGCUGUGGACGGCUAGGGUUACGAGUCAUAUUGGGGUUGAGGAUGUGGCGGGGAGGAUUACGAGGGGGGCGACCCUUAAAGCUAUUGAGUUGUUGCAUAGGCUACGGUGGGAGUCUGGGAUCGAGUCCCCCCGUCUAGGCGUGUGUGCCUUGAACCCGCACAACGGUGAAAACGGCGCCUUCGGACGACAAGAGAUAGAACAUAUCCGUCCAGCUGUGCAAGACGCCGUGGAUCUCGGGAUAAACGUGCAAGGACCGUUUCCCUGCGACACGAUCUUCCUGAAGCGCGAGCACUUCGACGGCAUUGUGACAAUGUACCACGACCAGGGCCAGAUCGCGAUGAAGCUUCUUUCGUUUGACGGCGGUGUCACGGUGCAAGGGGGCCUUCCUAUUCCCGUUGCCACGCCGGCGCAUGGGACGGCGUUUGAUAUUGUAGGGAAGAAUCUGGCGGCUGUUACGAGUACGCAGAAUGCGUUUGAUGUUGCGGUUACGAUGGCGGAGAGGAGGAUUCUUAAGGAAGAGGGUCUUGUUCCUGAUGGGCCUGUUAAGAAUGGUGUUUCUGUACAGACAGCUCCGGUGGUGCUUAAUACUUCGUGUUGCUAG